UUCGACCAUCAUUUCAAGCAAUGUGGCGUCAAGACGUGGAAUCAUGUAUGCUGUCUCGGAUUCAAUCACAGCUGUUAAUCCCAUAAUCUCUACAGUUGGCCGCUUUACUAAUCCGGGAACAUGGACAUCUGUUUCUAUCUCUCUAACCAGGACAGACAACACAGAAUUGAAGAAGGGUAUUUUAUCAACUCACUCUUGCGUGUCUCCAGACUCUCCCGACCACUUAUAUCUCGUCCCCAAUCAUAAUGUCUACAGUCAGCGCAACUGCGUCUUCGCCGCGACCCGUACAAUACUUGAGGCGAAGUUGAAUUGCUCUCGUUUCCGUUUUGAUCGAAUGGGGACUUUGAACGAGUGCUAUCCCAAUGUGAUGAUUGACGUGCAUUCGCCCGAACUGGCUAACGAAAUCAAACAAAAACUACAAGAGUGUCCGGAAGAUUGCAUUUUCGAUAACUAUCACGUCUCAUCUUCGACAACACAUUUGGAUCUAGGAGAUCAUGAUGACAUGCACGUAGACGAGAAACACAAUGAUCACAUUAUCCACUCAGCUAUCCAUUUCUACUAUUCUUCCUUUACCUUCACAAUCAUUAAAAAUCACCCUGAAAGUCUCGUCAAGUGGCUAAGUGACGUUGGAGGAAACAUGAGUCUCUACCUUGGAGCCAGCUUCGUAACGCUUUUGGAAAUGAUCGUCUUAUUAUUUCGCUGCACUCGAAAGUGCAUUUGUCGAAAAACUUACAAGAAAGAUUUACUGACUCAGUCAUUUGAUUCCACAUGAGGAAUAAAUGACGCAAAAAUAGGAAAAGUCUAGAAAAAUUUUCACUUUAUCGCUGUAAAAUUUGA